AUGGAAGCAAUUGGUACUGGUGCUGCUGCCAAUGUCUCUUCCGAGGCUGCCAAAGGUAUUUUCCACCAUGUUAAACGUCAUAUUACAUAUGUAAUCUUCUACCAGAAAAUUGUUGACAAGUUCGAGCAGAAACACAGGACGUUGAUUGCAAAAAGAACAAGUGUGCAGCAAGAUGUUGAUGUUGCAGAAAUGAACGGGGAGAAGAUUAAAGCCGAUGUCCUGGAUUGGCGCCACCGAGUGGAGAAGGUUGUCACUGAAAAGGAGAAGAAAGUGAAGGAUCUUGAACUUAGCAGGAAAGCUGAAGAAGCUGCUGCCACUUUUGAUGAGCUUAUCAAAGAUUGCCAAUUUGAGGGCGUGGGAUACCAUGAUGUUCCUGGACCCAUAGUCCAUCCAGACUUUGAGGCAUUUAAAUCAAGAGAGGAGGUUUUCGAUGAUAUCAUGGAGUCACUGAAAGAUGCAACAACAGGCAUGAUUGGAGUGUACGGGAUGGCUGGUGUGGGCAAAACAUCGCUGGUCAAAGAAGUUGAGAGACAACUCCAUGAGGUUAAGUUAUUCGAUUCAGUUGUCAGGGCAAUUGUAUCUCGAAUUCCUGACAUUAAGGAAAUCCAAGACCAAAUAGCAUACUCAUUGGGUUUGAAGCUUGAAGAAAACAGUCCGGUUGUAAGAGCCCGUAGAUUGUUUGAAAGGUUAAGGAAGGAUAAAAAUGUUCUUAUUAUUUUGGAUGAUCUUUGGAAGAAACUGGAUCUAGAGGAAGUCGGAAUUCCAUUUGGAAGUCGACACAAAGGAUGCAAAAUACUGUUGACCUCAAGAGAUCAAAAUGUUCUAAGCAAUGGAAUGGAUGCUACAAAGACCUUUGCAAUUGGUGAUUUAGAAAACGAAGAAGCUUGGGAGUUCUUUAGGAAGAUGGCCGGGGACAGUUUUGAAAGUGAUGAGGAGCUGCGAUCUACAGCAAUUAAGGUAGCCGAGAAAUGUGCAAGAUUACCACUCGCCCUUGCAACUGUUGCAAGGGCGUUGCGAAAUAAACCUUUAUUUUUUUGGAGUGAUGCUUUACAGUUGCAAGGGCGUUGCGAAAUAAACAUUUAUUUUUUUGGAGUGAUGCUUUACAACAAUUACAGAGGCCUUACUUAGAAAAAAGCUCAGAUGAUAUAUCUGCUAAGGUACAUUCGGCUACUGAGUUGAGUAUCAAUCAUUUAUCGAGUGAAGACCUCAAGCAAAUUUUCCUACUUUGCAGUUUACUGCGUCGUGUCGUUAGGAUUGAAGGCUUGUUGAGAUAUGCUCUUGGUUUGGGUCUAAUUAAAGGAGCCAACAGCAUGAAAGCAGCACGAGAUAGGCUGUUAAAAAUGCUGAGUACCCUCAAAGAAUCUUGUUUGUUGCUUGAUAGCAAAAGUUCCAAUAAGGAAUACUUUGAUGUGCAUGAUCUUACUUAUAUUGUGGCCAAAUCAAUCGCUUCAAAGGACAAUCAAGUGCUUGCUUUAACAGAGGAUGAGGAUAUUGUAACAGAUUGGCCAAAUGGAGAGUCAAUGAAAGAGUGCAACAAGAUUAUUUUGCCGCAUUCUAGUAUUUACAAGCUUCCUGACUAGUUGAAUUGCCCGCUGCUUUUUCUUUUCCUUUUGUCAAGCAAGGCGAUGUUGUCGGAUAACUUCUUCAAGGAAGCAAAAAAUCUUAAAGUCUUA